CCCGCCCUGCGCGCUGAUUGGCUGAAGCGCGCUGGCUUUUGGCACGACUCUACUCAUAAUCCGCUAUUUUUCUCUGCGUUUUCAUAUUAUUCCUAGACACAAGAGAGGCGUGUUGGCUUGUGAAAUCGGGACAAGCGACGUUUACCAGAUAAACCAUGUCUAAGGGAGCUGCAGUUGGCAUUGAUCUGGGCACCACCUACUCCUGCGUGGGGGUCUUCCAGCAUGGCAAAGUGGAAAUCAUUGCCAACGACCAGGGCAACAGGACCACACCCAGCUAUGUGGCCUUCACAGACACAGAGAGGCUGAUCGGAGACGCAGCCAAGAAUCAAGUUGCUAUGAACCCCACAAACACUGUCUUUGAUGCUAAGCGUUUGAUUGGCCGACGUUUUGAAGACCCCGUUGUUCAGUCUGAUAUGAAGCACUGGCCUUUUACCAUCAUCAGUGACAGUGGACGCCCCAAAAUGCAGGUGGAGUACAAAGGUGACACAAAAACAUUCUACCCAGAGGAGAUUUCUUCCAUGGUGCUGACAAAGAUGAAGGAGAUUGCAGAAGCUUAUCUCGGAAAAUCUGUGUCCAAUGCCGUUAUCACUGUACCUGCCUACUUCAAUGACUCCCAGCGUCAGGCUACAAAGGACGCUGGCACCAUCUCUGGCCUUAAUGUCCUUCGUAUCAUCAAUGAGCCCACUGCUGCAGCUAUUGCUUAUGGCCUGGACAAGAAGGUGGGCGCUGAGAGGAACGUGCUGAUCUUUGACCUUGGUGGUGGCACUUUCGACGUGUCAAUCUUGACCAUUGAAGAUGGCAUUUUUGAGGUCAAAUCCACUGCUGGAGACACUCACCUCGGAGGGGAAGACUUCGACAACCGCAUGGUCAACCACUUCAUUGCGGAGUUCAAGAGAAAGUACAAGAAGGACAUCAGCGACAACAAGAGGGCAGUGCGUCGUCUGCGUACAGCCUGUGAGAGGGCGAAGCGUACACUGUCUUCAAGCACCCAGGCCAGUAUUGAGAUUGACUCCCUGUACGAAGGUGUGGACUUCUACACCUCCAUCACUAGGGCUCGCUUCGAGGAGCUCAAUGCUGACCUCUUCAGGGGAACCCUGGACCCAGUGGAAAAAUCUCUCCGUGACGCCAAGAUGGACAAAGCUGCCAUCCAUGACAUCGUGCUGGUCGGAGGCUCCACUCGUAUCCCCAAGAUCCAGAAACUGCUCCAGGACUUCUUCAAUGGGAAGGAACUCAACAAGAGCAUCAACCCAGAUGAAGCUGUGGCCUACGGAGCAGCUGUCCAGGCCGCUAUCCUCUGCGGGGACAAGUCUGAGAACGUACAGGACCUCCUGCUUCUGGACGUCACCCCACUGUCUCUGGGCAUUGAGACCGCUGGAGGAGUCAUGACCGUACUGAUCAAGCGUAACACCACCAUUCCCACCAAGCAGACCCAGACCUUCACCACGUACUCCGACAACCAGCCUGGAGUGCUCAUCCAGGUUUACGAAGGUGAGCGUGCCAUGACAAAGGACAACAACUUGCUGGGCAAGUUUGAGCUGACGGGCAUCCCACCUGCUCCUCGUGGUGUUCCCCAGAUUGAGGUGACCUUUGACAUUGAUGCCAACGGCAUCAUGAAUGUGUCUGCAGUGGACAAGAGCACCGGAAAGGAGAAUAAAAUCACAAUCACCAAUGACAAGGGUCGUCUGAGCAAAGAAGACAUUGAGCGCAUGGUGCAGGAGGCUGAGAAGUACAAGGCAGAAGACGAUGUACAGCGUGACAAAGUGGCUGCAAAGAACGGACUGGAGUCGUACGCCUUCAACAUGAAGUCCACUGUGGAGGAUGAGAAACUGGCCGGUAAGAUCAGUGAUGAAGACAAACAGAAGAUUCUGGACAAGUGCAAUGAAGUCAUCAGCUGGCUGGACAAGAACCAGACUGCUGAGAAGGAUGAAUAUGAACAUCAGCAGAAGGAACUGGAGAAGGUGUGUAACCCCAUCAUCACUCAGCUGUACCAGAGUGCCGGGGGGAUGCCAGGUGGGAUGCCAGGUGGAAUGCCAGGGGGCUUCCCAGGGGCUGGCGGUGCUCCAUCGGGCGGAGGCAACGCUGGACCAACUAUUGAGGAAGUGGAUUAAGGAGCUCUGUUCUGCUCCAUUGUCCUGUUCUAAAAUAAGCAUGAACAUUCACACAGAAAUGCAGUCCGUACAAGGUCAGAGUUAUAAAUGCCCACAUGAUAAAAUACCGUUGGACCACAAACUUAUACAACUGAGCACUUUUUUAAU